AUGAACCGCCAGGAUUCGACGGGGAUGACGCCCCGUGAGAAGGUGGCCGUGCGUACCGUGUGGAGCGCCUUCUGCAAAGAGCACCCGGACUACGGCGUCCUCCUCUUCAACGCGUACUUCCUGAAGUACCCCGAUAACAUCAAGCUGUUCAAGCAUUUCAAGGGCAAAAGCCUCAGGACGCUCUCGACUGACCCCGAAUUCAGCCGUGCCGCCGAGCGCGUGCGCAGCACUUUCAACUUCCAACUUCAACAUGGCCAGGCCACGGAUCUCCGGUCACAAGUACCGACCCGGGUGGCCGAACGCAAGAAGCGACUGCGUACCGAGAAUCCGGCAGCCUGCCAAGCCGCGCUAAAUCGUGGAGCGAAACGCAAGCGCCAAUGGCGGGUGGAUGCUGCUAACCACGACGCCGAGCUAACACGAGAGAUCGAACACAAGCGACAACGGCGGGCCGAGGAGACGGCGGUACAGGCAGAGCAGCGUCAACGAGGCAAUGGGGGAAACGCGAUCGCCGGGGCCAACGCCCGCUUUCGUGCGCACUGCAGCCUCGUCGGCGAGGAGAUCACGAGCAUCAUCGAGGCGCUCGACGACGUACCCAGGGUGCUCGAGAUUCUUAAGAAAAACGCUCUCUUCCACCAUAGCCUGCGUGGAGUGACGCCCGCGCACUUCACCAGCUUCGGCCAAGUGGUCAUCGACGUCCUGACGGCCAACCACGAGGACCUCAUGACGCCGGCCACCGACAACGCCUGGAAAAAGUUUUUCGAGUUCGUUGUGUCCUUCAUAACCGUGGCGUAUGAGAAAUCCAGCAAGAACGUAAUGGGCUCGACGGCCAGCAGCUACAAGGUGGCGACAAUGUCUACGUUCUACGGCGCCCAUCCACGAGGCACUGUCUCUUCAACUGGACUGAACAAGGCGGCUGCCUCCGAUGCGACGGCUAGAGGUGCUGGCGGCCGCAGGGCCAGUGUCACCGAUGGAAAGGCUGCAGCUGGAACAGCAUCCACUGGCUUGAGGAGGCGGCAGAGCAUCACUCGGAAGCCCGAAGAAGACAGCGCUCUUUCGCACCGAAAAGCGAGCCUGCCUACCGAAAGUCACCCUCCUCAGAUCAGCGAUCGACUGGUAGUGUCCGAGCCCGUCGCAUCUGCAGCGCACGCGGGCAGCAGGAGGCCAAGCGUGAAGUCGCUCACCGACUUGUCGGGCAAGAAACCGGCUGACUUUGCGACCGCGUCGCCGGCCUCUACUUCGAAGCGCAGAGCCAGCAUCGCGACACUCGGGAAGGGCUCCGACGGCGGUAAGCCUAGCGACGACCAAUCAGCUUCGGCGGACAAGUCUCAGUCAAAAUCGUCGCAGCAGUCGCUUGGCAAGCGGAGUUCGUCAAAGAUCCGCCGUCCCUCAAUAAGCGACAAGGGAAAGCCUAAGUAG